AUGUCUUUCUCAUUCGAAACCCGCUCACCUGUCGAGACCGCCCGUCUUGCUGCGAAGCACUGCGACUUUAAAACAUCUUUGCCUUCCGUUCCGUCUCCGGCACCGUUUGUCCCCGAGAUGUUGGCUACCAUUCGCCACACUCCCAAGCGCAUUCGGCGUCUGUCACAUGCUGGUGUCGACCACUUCCGUCGUCGCAAGCCAUCUGGUGAAGAGCCAGAGGACUUUGCGGCGCCGCCUGAGUUCACUAUUCCUGACUACAAGGAGUCGACAACUCGGACUCCCGUCGAGGAGGUUUCGCCACUCGAUGAGGGCUCCAUGCCAAAGUCCAAACGCUCUCGCAAGUCAUCAGUUGCUUCGAGUGUCUCUUCCGAAGCGAGCUCAACGCUGCCUCGCAGGCGGCGAUCAUCCGUGACCAGCGUCGCCGAGUCGUUCUCCUCAAACAAGGAGAAGGUGACGUUUGUGAUGAAGGCUAAGGCCUUCCCUUUAACGAUCUCGGGUUUCUUCUCGAGUUUCGUCUGUCUCAUCGCGGCCUUCAUCGGCCUGUCCCUUGUCGGACCCGCACCAAACUACCAAGCACCUCCCCCACGCCCAAAGCCUGCGCGGGUUGCUGCUGCCAACCAGAGUGGAGACGACCGCCGCCCUUCGCUGUUCAAGCGACUAUUGCAAAAAUGCAGGGGGUCGUUCAAACACAUCACAUCCUCCAAGGCGGUUGAAGCCCCCGUUCAACCCGCUUCCUCGCCAGCCAAGCGACAAGCCCCUGCGGUGUUCACUGCGUGGAGGCGCCACAUCAAGCUGCCUGCUUGCCAGUGGAGACGCCAUAUGACCCUUGUGUCAAAAUUCCUCUCCACGCGCAAGCUGCGAAAACAGCAACAGCAGCCUGCCAGUGAGCAGCAGCCUGAGGCAGCGCACCCCGCACCAGCCAUCGUGUGUUCAGGGUGUGGCCGACAAUCUUAA